AUGAUCCGCGAGUUCCUGGCCGUGGCGGCACGCGCGGUGCUGGAGUGGGCGCUGGCGUCGCUGCUGCUCGCCAACGGCGCCGCGUUCUGCCUCAUCGCCGCCGCCGCUGCGUGCCUCCGCCUCGGCCCGCCGUGCAUCGCCUGCGCCUGCGUCCACCGUCUGCUCUGCUCCUCCUCUGCUUCCAGCGCCACUGGCGACGAACGCGGAGCUCUGCGCCUCCUCCUCUGUGAUGCCCACCUCGCCGCCGUCGCCGUGGCCAGGGCCAGCUCGGCGCCUCCGGAUCGCUGCGACGGGGAUGGUGUCUCGGAGACGGAAGCGGCGAUGGCGGCAGAUGAUCCGAACAAGGUUUCAGGCAUGGAGACUCACCGCGUCGUCUCCAUCGGCAGUGAGAUAUGCGAGCAGGACCAAGACGGCAACAAACCCCACGCCGGCGACCGCAGCGGCGGCAUCGCAAGAACCACCAGCACCGACGACGGCAACGGCCUGCUCGUCUCCCUCUUCGAGCUCGCGCCGAUAGUCUCGCGACCGCGACCACGGGAGGACGACGACUCCGUAGACCAGCAGGCGACGAUGCCAGAGUCGCUGAUCGUGGACGACGGUGACGAGAGCCUCACCCUCGGGGAGCUGGUCACCGCAUUCAGGGCUCAGAGGAGGGAGCUGCACGCACUGCGCGCGGAGCUCGCGGCUGAGCGGCGCUCGAGGGCGGAGGCAGAGGAGUACCAGCGGCAGCUGGAGGAGCAGGGCGAGCUCGACCAAGAAGCGGCGCGGCUGGCCAUGCAGCUCGUCCACGAGAGCGAGACGGAGAAGCACGGCCUGCAGCGGCAGCUCGACGCGUUCAGGGUCAGGGCGCAGCUCUACCAGUCCGACUCCGCGGCCACGGAGGACGCCGGCGGCGGGGGCGGAGGAGGCUGCCGGGAGGCGAACGGGGGUGAUGGCAAUGGCAACAACUACCAGUCGCUCGUGGAAUUCUUGCCGGGGUCGGUGUACUCCUCCUCGCCGGACCUGGCCAACCUCCUUAAACUCUACACUGAAUCUGGAAAUGCCGGCCGUCGUCAGAGGGGCGAUUACGACGUGCCGGCCAUUGCGGUGGUUGAGGAGGCAGAGGAGGAGGAAGUGGCCGUCGCCGUCACUGUCACGGCUGGCACUGAAUCCAGCAGGAGUGUUGAUGCUACAUCCGCCACUGUUUCUGAAUAUUUACAAGAAAGCUCCAAUACUUUUCACGUCAAAACAGUAACGGAAGCCGGUUAA